GAGAGAGAGAGAGAGAGAGAGGGAGUUCUGCAUGGACGCGGAAGGAGAUAAUCAUUAUGAAAUUUUAGGACUUCCAUCGGGCGAAGAGGGCGCCAAGCUAACCCCAGAAGAUAUCAAGAAAGCAUAUAGGGCAAAAGCUCUUUCCUCUCAUCCUGACAAGCGCCCCGACGACCCCCAUGCCCACUCCACCUUCCAAAAAAUCACUUCCUCUUACGAGAUUCUCAAGAAUCCCGAUGCUCGAAAAGCCUUCGAUGCCCUCCUCCGUGCCAGGAACGAUCGCCUCCGCCGUGUUUUCCAUCUCGACUCCAAGCGCCGGAGGAUGAUGUCCGAUCUUGAGGAACGGGAGCGUGCCGCAUUUUCCGUUGAUCCAGAAGACAAGGCCCAGGCGGAGGAUGAGAGGGCUGCUCAAAAGUUUCAGGAAGAAGUGAGGAGGAUUCGGGAGACGCACGCCAAGAAAAAAACGGAUGCUGCGGAGGAGGGCAGCGGGACCAGGGAAGGUUUGGAAAAGGCGAGAGUUUUGAAGGUCUCUUGGGAAAGGGAUGGUGAAGAUUACAGUGCGGAGAGGCUGAAGAAGUUAUUCACGAGGUUUGGAAAGGUCGAGGUUGUGGUGAUCCGGGGCAAAAGGUCGAAGAAGAAGAGAUCAGCUCUUGUUGUCAUGGCAACAAAGGAGGGUGCGGUUUCUGCAUCACAAAGUAUGCGUGGGGAUGUAUCAAACCCUCUUGAUGUUGUUCCUCUACAUCCUGAUGACAAUCAUUUAUCAAGCACACCUCCUAUUGAAGCUCAAAAUCUAAGUAAUCUUGUUGGUGCUGGUUAUCAGGCUUAUGAAGACUCCAUUUUAAAGAAGCUACAAAAUGUUUGAACUUGGUUCUUUGAACUAUGAUGGAUGGUGCUUCCUACCUCUCUGUCAUGCUCAUGUUGAUAUUUUUUGUAUCCCAAUUUGUGGUUCGUUUUCUUUUCUUCUUUUCUUAGCUCAUCAGUGUCUCGUUCUGUGCACUUCAGAAUAACUACAAUUUAACUUUUAAUUGGAGGAUCUUCCAGGUGUUAGAUUGAAGAAUACAACCAUUAUGUGUUUCUCUGC